ACUCGGACUUCUGUAUAUGCGCCUUCACAUCACGUGACCGGCAGCGGACAGAUCAUAUGACACGUCAGGCGUGUUGCGCAACAGCCGAGUCGUCCUCAGACAAACGGCGGAUCUGAUCAGUGAACUGACACAAUGAGGCUGGUCAUUCUGGACGAGUAUGACCUAGCCAGUGAGUGGGCAGCAAAAUACAUCCGCAAUAGGAUCAUCCAGUUCAAGCCGUCUGCUGAGAGGUACUUUACGCUGGGCCUGCCUACAGGGAGUACUCCGUAUGGCUGUUACCAGAAGUUAAUAGAAUACUACAGGAAUGGAGAUAUUUCAUUCAAAUAUGUGAAAACCUUCAACAUGGAUGAAUACGUAGGUCUACCUCGUGCUCAUCCAGAGAGCUAUCACUCCUACAUGUGGAACAACUUCUUCAAGCACAUUGACAUUGAUCCAGCCAAUGCUCACAUCCUGGAUGGAAACGCAGAAGACCUGGAGGCGGAGUGUCAGGCUUACGAGCAGAAGAUUGCAGAGGCCGGGGGAAUCGAGUUGUUUGUUGGAGGUAUUGGUCCUGACGGUCACAUAGCGUUCAAUGAGCCUGGUUCCAGCCUUGUCUCCAGGACCAGAGUAAAAACCCUGGCUAAGGACACCAUUGUGGCCAAUGCCCGUUUCUUUGGCAACAACCUCUCCAAGGUUCCCACCAUGGCUCUAACUGUGGGUGUAGGAACUGUCAUGGAUGCCAAAGAGGUGAUGAUUCUGAUCACAGGAGCACAUAAAGCCUUCGCUCUGUAUAAAGCCAUAGAGGAGGGAGUCAACCACAUGUGGACUGUUUCAGCCUUCCAGCAGCACCCACGCACCAUCUUUGUUUGUGAUGAAGAUGCCACCCUGGAGCUACGAGUUAAAACAGUCAAAUACUUCAAAGGUUUAAUGCAUGUUCAUAAUAAACUGGUGGACCCAGUGCUCAGCAUAAAGGACCAGUAGAACACCAAGGAAAACAACUGAAGAUGUCAAGAUGGCGAACAUUAAUGGACAGCCUUAUUACUGUAGUACUGUUUUCUACCUGAGGAACUGUUGAGCCAGUGUUUGAUUGUCCCCCCCUGUGCAUACUGUUUCUUCAUGGACUUCAACUGUCUUUGGAUAAUGUUAGCUUGAGAUUGUUCACAUGUUUGAUCAGAGCUAAAUGAUCUUGAAUUUCUGAUGUAAUCAUGAAAUAGCUGCACUCAUCAACAGUGGAGGUUCUCUGUUUAGCAUUUUGCAUUUACAAGAUAGUUAACUGAUGAAAAUCACUGCUGGUGGUCUAGUUUGUGAACACAGGCUGAUGCUGUUCUCUGAGAAUGAAGCAUUAUCUGUUUGACAGCUUUUCUAUGUUAUCUUUCAUCUCCCACUUAGUGAUUGACUGGAGGAAUCAAAUACUUAACACGAAUGAAUGUAAUCAAAAGUGACCUUUGACUUCAGUCAAACUGUUUCAGGAGCUCCUGACUUCUCCUUCACUGACAGUCACACAGGUAGCCGACAAACACAAUAACGGUGAAGGACAGUCAGAAGUCAAAAUACUACAUUUUAAUUUUUGGAAUUUUCACUCUGCUUAAUGCCACGAAAUAAUCUAAACUCAAAGUCCACUUAUUGGCUUUUUACCUCUCUUAGAGUCUUCAUCCUUUGUGUUUUUGCUGUGGUGUUCACAGACCCACUGCCAGCUCCACCGCAGUGCUCAAGCGUAAUGGAGAACUUGUUAUCAUUUCCCCCCAGUGGCAUCAAAUUACUGACAAAUUUCUGUUGGCAGCAUCUGGAUUAACGAGGCAUCUGUUCAACACAUUCAUGGUUUCUAGGAUCUUUUUUGCAGUCUUUGACUUCUUUCAGGUGUAAUGCUGUGAUUUGUUUCCAUCUUUUUGUGUUUGGUUUCAACAUUCCUUCCUUGGUUUUCUUUCAUUAUGUCACUCCCUCUGUUCAUCAGGCUGUUACGGUUAUAACUAUUAGUAUUUUUGCACAUAUGCUGUCAUUUUUAUCGCUUUAUUUUUUAAUGACAAUUGAAAUAAACUUUGGUAAGAAUC